GUCCUCAAAUGGAAUACAAGAUAGGUAUCAAACAUGUCUACAUUUUUCUGGAACAAAAACCUGGCCAAGUCAGGCCUGGCCAAGUCAGGGAUGGUACAAAGUUAUUUUACAGUGCAGUCUACCAGUAUUGUCAAUAAUUCGUGUUACCUUAAAACUGCCAAGUGGUGUUCUAAACUCUACCUCCAAAAUCACAACAUACAAGACAACAAAAAGAACAACAAAGCUUGCAUAUGGUGUCAAUACACUGCCCACAGAAGAACCACAAAAAGCGGGUACCAGCCAAGGAGAACCAAUCAGCAAAACAACAACAGUUGCUAUCGUUAUAUCUGUAGUAAUACUUGUUGCAGCAGUAACAGCAGUGUACAUGAGACAAGUGAGAAAGAAGAGAGCCAAUGCAGAUUUAACAGAUAGUAAUGAGAUGACAUGUGAGGAGACCAACAAUAAUACAUCAACUUAUAACAACUACAUACCAACCAGUUAUAACGAAUCACUGUUCCAGACUAGGAAUUUAAACGAUGAACAUCAUAUAACACGGCAAAAUUGUGAUAACGGAAACCCAAGAAAUCAUAAAGACAAAUCUUCUGUUUCAACAAGUAAUCUAGAAAGAUUAAAGGCAAUUAACUCAAAUGGAGAACAAACACUACAACAUACCAGUAUACCCAGCAGACAGCUACACACUAGUUCUGAAUAUUCUGAUGUAUUUGAUUCCAACUCUUAUUCAAACAACACUCAUAAUAUCCAAUCAGUUCAAACAGAGCCAAACAUUUGGAUACAUGACACAGCAACAGUACAAGAUACAAACACAGACUGGUUUCAGCAAAGAACAGAACAACAUGUACCCUUUCCAUCUCAUCUCCGUAAUAUGAUCAUCUCUUUGAAUUUGGAAGAAUAAAUUUAGCCAGUUUUUUUCUUCUUUUAUGCCAGUAAAAAUAAAACUUUGGUAUAUCACAAUUAAACCUUGGCCUGCCUUAACCAUGAAUAGUGAUAGGAUUUUGCCACAAGUAUAAAGCCUGGUCAGAUCAAGUAUGACCUUUAGAUUUGGUUGCUAGCUAAAUUUUUCUACAUCAAUAUAGAAAUCUCUUGAACUUACAAUAGACUGCUCCAAAUUGCAAGCUGUUAAAUCUUUGACAUAAAUGCAGCAGGUUAAGGGUUAACACUAACAGUGAAUAUAUUUUAAAAACUUUAUCUUUAUUUUAUUUAUUACUCUGUAACAACUCAAGGUUAUAACUUUAAAUGAAAAGAACAAGGGCUCAUCACAACAUGUUUAAACCUAAAUAAAUUCUUUAAGUUUAUCUGUCGACUUUGCUAAAUAUAACUGGGACAAAAAUCUAUCACAUUAAAAAUCUAUCAGAUUUCAUGUGUCUAUAUGAAGGGAGGUAAUAUUGAGUGGCGGCAUGGCCAAGUGGUUUACCACGUCGGAUUAGUAAUCUAAUUAUUGCUAGCCGCAAGGGUUCAAACCCCAUCAGGGGCAAGUUGUUGUUUCCUUGAGCAAGAAACUACACGCAUUGCUCAGUACUGGUUGGUUCAAGGAACAGAUUCGAAGUUUGUCUAUAAGCUUAUAGCUUCCAGAAUAAAUUAUGUAUAAACCAAAGGGAGGUAAUAACACAUCCCAUUUGAAAUUCAUUAAGAAUAAAAAUGAUGUUAAAUAUAAGGUUUAACUGAAACAAACACGUUUUUUUUUCUAAUAUACCUUUAUAAUUCUACAUAAAUUGCACUGUUACAUCAUGAUAAAGCAAAAAAACAACAAAUGAAGUAUAUGCAUAUCAAAUAUGAAAGACUAAAUGUGUUUUCAAUGUAUCA